GUCUCUCUCUCUCUCGCUCUCUUGAAUACAUCUCUGACGGUGACCCCGAUGUGUCCCUGAGACGACAAGGCUCUCACAUGCUUAUACAUUGCUGUUCUCUGACGAUUUGGAUCACUCGCGAGCCCUCUUUCCGCUGUUGUGGCCAUUGGAGGAUCGAGAAGCUGGCUUUCCCCCCUUUUCGUUUCGACGAGGACUACCACUUUCGCUGCGGGCCUACCUUGAGACAUCCCCAUUGACCCUCAUGGAUUUGGCUUGAUGGGUUCAGCAGCAUCUUCUCUCCCUCCCGAUGACCCGCAUUCAAUGUCUCUAAACCCUUCGACGUCCAAUCAUCAGCAAGAGACACAAAGAUCUUCAAAUCCUUCCAGCUCGUUUGGAGCGACGAGACAUGAUGCCGACCAUCGACCAUCCCUCACUGGUCUUUCCGUACCGUUCUCCAAAGUUGACUUGACCUCGAGCUCAUCCACUGUCAGCGAGUAUGAAAGUCGACACACCCGCACUCGUCAUCGAAAUGCCCAAGUCGAAAGGGAGGAAGGAGAGAUCAGCGACGAUGAUGAUGAUGAUGGCGGCAACGAUGAAAAUAGUGUCGUCGUCGUCGUCGAGCCGACCAAUUCGAAUACAUCUAUCCGUUCGCUCCCUGGUCCGUCACGCUCCUCUGGUCUCCCUAACAAGCAUCCUCGUGGAGGUGGUAAACGCGGACGACCCUCACCUGCUCCUAUCCCUCCGAGAGGACAACCUAUUGACAGGACGGUAGAUCGGGAACGAGACAGGGAGCGAGAUCGUCUCAGGGCUCGAGGGCGAGGGACGCCAAGAGGAAGAGGAGGAAGAGGUGCCCCCAUUCCCCCUCCUCCUCCUCGUGGUGGCGGUGGCGGUGGUGGUGGUCGUGGUGGUGCCAGCGGUGGAAGAGUAACGGACCAUGUGUUUCAUGAUCAAGGUCAGAGGCAGGCCUCCUUUGGAGAUCGAAAUAGACCUUCAGACAUAUCGCCCAGACGUUCUUCACCUCCUCGUCAGCCUCUCUACCCUCCGCCAGCAUCGCAAUCUGCUCCUGUGAGCCCUUACACCCACGGACCGGUUCAACCACCACCGCCUGUGCAUCCUUAUCCGGGAUACCAAUAUCCAUCAUCUUUCCAUCCACCGCCAGCGUCCCUUCACAAUCAACUAAACGCUCCUUCUGGACCGAGAUACCCUGUGCCGCAUGGAUCUCAACAGAUAUUCCGACCACCACCUAUCGACUCAUCAACGCCCGCCUCGGUUCCCAGCUCAUCUCGUUCAUCUUUCGUCACCCCUAUGCCUGCUCCGGUGGCAGCGGCUCCAGAAGACAUUUCCCCAGACGAAGCCCAGCAAUACAUGAGCAUCAUCCGUAAUCUGCUCCAGGAAGGGUUCACCCCUGAGCUCUUGGUCGAACGCGGAGCGACUCCCAAAUACGUUACCGCCGUCUGUCAAGAGAUCGUCGAGGCGCAACAACAUCGUAAAUCAAUAUGGAUGGGUACGAAUGCCAUCGCCGGCCCGAGUCGACCUGUGACUUCCACUAAUCCUCCUCUUGUUGCGGCCUCCUCUGUUCACCCUAACACUCGACGAUCACCCAGUCCCACCGUGAAGGUUCGUCAAUCUAUCCCCAUGGAUCGGGGAUCGAGUUUAUCCUCUGAAGGUUCAGCGGAGAUCGUCUUGCUUGAGGAUUCCCCGCCACGCCAUCAGGGGCUACCCGCAUCUUACCCUCCACCCCGUCUGGUUCCCAGUUCUCACUGGGCGCCACAACCUUCUUCUUCCAAUCCACCACCAUCGAUUCCGCCGCCUGCAGUGGCUGCGACCUUCAGCGCCCUAAGUGCUCCUGUCCCUCCGUCCAAUCUAGCUCCUCCAAUCCGGCCGUUUACUGCACCGCUCGCAGCAGCACCUCGAGCCAUUAAGAUUGAGUCGUACAAACCCGCAUCGCCCGUCCCUAUCCCGGACAUUCCCGCGGGCAAUACUCAUCGGCCCAGUCAGAUCAGUGUCAAUGGCAAGGUCCCACCGUCGGGACCUCGCAGCUCGACUGGACUCCAUCGACGAGGCUCAAAUCAUGCGCUAUCGGUACCGUCAGUCCAGGUCGACAGCGGCAGUGCUUCGCCAAAUAAGCGACCUCGACACUUAUCGCCAGAGCGCGAGCGGAUUGCGCAUUCUCCAACCUCUGUCAUCCCAGUUCAAAGUGCUGCCAUAGCGCCACAGGUAGUGAUUACCCCUGCAAACCAGCACGGUCGAUCACCCUCCCUAUCCAGUGGAUCAAGCCGUCAUCCGUUGCCAGAAAAGCCAUCUCUCGAAUUAUUCCUAGAGCCAGAUCUGACGAAGUACGACUCCCAGCCAUCCUUUGUCCCGUCUUUGGUACCUUCAACUCGCACUACUGUCGCUGCGGACUUGGCGGCGAAGCACGCAAUUCUCGAAACUCGUCGAAAGGCCUUGGAGAGUAUGCGAGCGCGUCGAGCGCAGAAAUCAACAAAGCGCAUGGCCGGCAGUGCGUCACCUAUGGACGUGGAGGUGGACAUGGAGAUUGACGUAGAUGUGGCAUCGGAGAAUCCGGUGUCGGCUGCUGCCGAUGCCGCGUUAGAAGAAGCUGCCGAUGCCGCUGCUCAGAAGAGCAUCGAAGAUGAAGUAGCGGAUUUGGAGCAGGAGGUCAUGGGAUAUGAGUCGGUCCUUGCAAAACAGGCGGCUGCAGCAGAAGUGACAUCAAACGAUGCUGAGACGAAAUCGAGUGCACCUCCAACAGCUCUGGAGGACCAAACGAAGACAGAGUUCGUCGAUAUGGACGUCGACAGCGACGAGCCAGAGGAAGGUGAACUUUCACCUGAUCCUGUCGAGCCUACCCCAGACGUGCCGAUCCGCCGAGUCCGCGGUAGACCCGCAGCGGAAGAUCUCGACUCACGACCCGUAUCUGCACCCGUUCGGACUCGGCGUAAACCAUUCGGCGCACCUCAACGUGCCAACAAGCUUAUUUUGGCUCUGGACGAUGACUCGGAAUCGGAUUCUGAACCUGAAACGUCCAAUGAUCAGGCUGAACGUCGGGCCGAGAUUCUCAAACGCCUCGCGGAAGAGAAGCAGAAUACUCCCAUCCCACUCCAACUGACCCUCUCAUCUGAGGGCACGACAGAUUCGAGAGGUGCUGGUCAAUCAAAGCUCCUUGCGUUGGCUGAACAAGAGGAAAAGAUCCGAUUGUUAAAGGAACAAAUCGCGCUCAAGCUGAAAGCAAAGGAAGCCGCUAGAUUACGAGCCGCACUUGAGGGUAGGGGAAAGAGUGAAGGUCAGAGUAGUCGAGAGAGUACUGCAGGAGUCGAGGAGAGGACGGACAGUGCUCGAGAAGGAUCGCUGGUGAAGCCGACGAUCGACGUUGGGAUCAAGCAGGAGGCAGUGGAGUCUGCGGCAGAUGUUGACGCGGUCGAGACGGGUGAAAGUGGACGAGCAGAUGAUGAACGAGGGGUUGAGACACCUGAAGGAAGGCAAUUCUACGCGAACAAAGACAAUUCUGCAUUGCCGUUACCCCCAGCUGAUAUAUCCAUAACCCGACCAACUGCACCCGAUGUCGGCCACCAAAUCUCACCAUUGGAUGACCGGUUGCCCUUUGCAGUCCCGGUAGCUCCAGCACCUGUCCCCUUUGCGCCGUAUCAGGGAAUCACAAGUCGAUACCCUCAGCUCUUCCAUGAUCGAGCAGCCAUCAAGCAAGCUCGAGACGGCCGGGUAGCUGUCGACAUUACCUCAGAACACGAGCAAGAUGACCCUCUACUAGUCCCCCAGAGGAAUAUCCUACGUGGGAUCAUGCUGACCCGCAUAACGCAUGAUCAACCCGAUGCGUCAAUGUGCGCUGCAGAAGUAGGAGGAGGCACCUGUGCGGAUCCGUCGUGUGACGCUGUACACUUUCACCUGGAGCUGGAUCCUACUGGUGAGCGAGAUCUGAACCAAAGACUCUUGAUGCGUCCAGGAAAAUAACCCAUGCCCAGCUGAGGAUCUGGUCGCCUACGUGUCGCAAGUGAGCCCUCGUCCAGUGGAAGAGUCUACCGUCAAGCGCGCCGUGGACCUUGUCCUCAAGCUGUCCAAAUCGAGAGCUUUGGUGGGAGACGUCAAGAGUACGAACAAGGACCUGAGCAGCUCUGACAAAGGUAAAGGGGCCUCAAGAGACCAUACCAGC